ACUGCAUGAGGCAACCCUGAAUAUCUCUCAAGUCUGAACAUUACGAUUUACUUACAAUUAUGCAUGUUUCUCCGUCUCUCCGAUGGAUCAUGGAGAUUGUAGCAGCAUCGUUGAUUUUUGGGGUAUUGUUCUUUUCAGCUCGACAAAGACAAUUAUUGUAGUCCAGCUUCCAUAGUUCCACAUUCACAUAGCUCCAUCAAAAAGAAGGGUUUUUUUUCCAGGGAGAAGGGGCACCAUUCACUGCCAGUGCACUACAAGCAGUGUACGCAUUGUGCAUCGACUCGUUGCUCCAAGUCAAGCCAGCCGAUCAACCCACCUUGCGGCUUGCGCGCCGACGCUGGCUCUGGCCGGCGGCGAUGGCCGGCUUUUCGUUGAUCACUUGCGCUGCCGGCCUCGUCACCUUCUUCUCCGUCUGCUACAUGCAGCCUCCGGCUCCUGUCGCCGCCUUGUCCUUCAACUACCCCACCUUCGCCUCCUCAGACAAUCAGAACAUCGACAUUCAAGGCCAAGCCUCUGUCAGCGUCGGGUAUGUCGACAUAAGCGCGAACAGUGUGUCGGGCAUGGGCAACAGCGCCGGACGGGUGGUGUACGCGCCGCCGGUGCAGCUCUGGGACGCCGCCACCGGCGAGGUGGCCAGCUUCACCACGCGCUUCUCCUUCAACAUUAUCGCUCCGAGCGAUAGAAGCAAAAAGGGCGACGGUAUGGCCUUCUUCCUCACCAGCUAUCCAUCGAGGUUACCAGUGGGCCACGAAGGUGGCGAAAACCUCGGCCUAACGAACCAGACAGUCGGCAACGUCUCGACCGGCCAGAACCGGUUCGUUGCCGUCGAGUUCGACACCUUCGUCAACCCCUUCGACCCUAACACAACCAACGACCACAUCGGCAUCGACGUCAACUCCGUCGUAUCUGUGACGAACGAGUCCCUACCAAACUUCAGCCUCAUCGGGAACAUGACCGCCACCGUCGACUACAACAACAAUUCGAGAAUACUGUCAAUUAAGCUAUGGAUAAAUGAGACGACGACGCCUUACACCCUCAGCUCCAUGGUUGAUCUCAAGAGAGCCUUGCCGGAGAACGUCACCGUCGGCUUCUCGGCAUCAACGGGCUCAGCCUUUGAGCAGCAUCAGCUGACUUCUUGGUACUUCAAGUCGAGUUCGUCGUUCGAGCAGAAGCUGGCAGCAAAAGUAGCAUCUCCGCCGCCGCCGUCGUCACCGUCACCACCACCGCCUUCCCUGACCCCGAUAACGUCGCAUUCCAGACGUGGCGGAGUUGUAGCGGGAGCCACACUUGGUGCGGUAAUGUUUGUCAUUCUCCUCUUCGCCAUGGUAGCAGUCCUUGUACGACGACGUCAGAGCAAGAAAAGGAGGGAGGCAGAGGAUGGAGGCUGGCACGGCAGUGACGAUGACGACGACGGCGAGCCCAUCGUGGAGAUUGAGAUGGGGAUGGGACCAAGGCGGUUCCCGUACCACGAGCUCGUCGACGCUACGAAGAGCUUUGCGCCGGAGGAGAAGCUUGGGCAAGGCGGUUUCGGUGCAGUGUAUCGGGGCUACCUCAGAGAGCUUGGCCUCGCCGUCGCCAUAAAGAGGUUCGCCAAAAAUUCCUCUAAGCAAGGGAGGAAGGAGUACAAGUCAGAGAUAAAGGUAAUAAGCCGGCUACGCCACCGCAAUCUGGUGCAGCUCAUUGGCUGGUGCCAUGGCCGCACCGAGCUGCUCCUCGUCUACGAGCUAUUCCCCAACCGUAGCCUCGACGUCCAUCUCCACGGCAAUGGCACCUUCCUUACAUGGCCAAUGAGGAUCAACAUUGUUCAUGGACUCGGAUCUGCACUACUCUACCUACAUGAGGAGUGGGAUCAAUGUGUAGUUCACCGUGACAUCAAGCCGAGCAACGUCAUGCUGGAUGAAUCCUUCAAUGCGAAGCUAGGCGAUUUCGGCCUUGCAAGGCUUAUUGACCAUGCCGUUGGGAUACAAACAAUGACUCACCCCUCAGGGACACCAGGCUAUCUUGAUCCCGAAUGCGUAAUCACGGGCAAAGCAAGCGCUGAGUCCGAUGUUUAUAGUUUUGGCAUUGUUCUAUUGGAAGUGGCAUGUGGGAGGAGACCAAUUAGCCUGCAGGACACCCAGAACAAUUGCCUCUUCCGACUGGUGGAAUGGGUGUGGGACCUGUACGGCCAAGGAGCCGUUCUCAAUGCAGCAGACGAGCGGCUCAACAAUGAAUACGACACAACUAGCAUGGAGUGUGUCAUGGCUGUUGGACUCUGGUGUGCACAUCCGGACCGAUGUGCACGUCCAUCUAUCAGAGCUGCCAUGGCAGUUCUCCAAUCCAAUGGACCACUACCCGUGUUACCAGCUAAGAUGCCCGUGCCAACAUAUGCACCGCCGAUGGCCUCAGCGGAGGGGCAGCCGUUGUCGUCCUCAAGUUUGACACUAACGUCCAUCACACCUCGCUAGGUUUGCAAGUUUUCUCACUCAUAGGAUUUGUAUAGCGAGAUAAUUUUUGUCAUAUUUAGAUUUUUAUCCAUACCCACAAGUUGGUUUGGAGGACUCAUCUUCGUUAAUUGCUCCAUACAGGAGUAUUAGUCAUGUUUAGUUCAUUUUACUUGUUCUACAUUUACAAGGGAUAUGUACAGCUCGUGAGGCAAUUGGUUUGCUCUUUAGAGAGCUGCCUAAUUGGCAAUGUGAGCAAUGUGUUUAGUUUACAUGAUGCUGUCUAUUUUCCAAGCAUUUAUUUAUUUUGUCCAGAAAACUUUUCCUACAA